AUGGAGGCCACCGCCCUGAGCUUGGCGAGGUCCGUUCUGGACGGCGUCAUAAGCAGCGCCGGUUCUGCGAUCGCCGAUGAGAUCGCGCGCCUCAUCGGGGUCCCCAAGGAGGUAGACUUCAUCCGCAACGAGCUGGCGAUGAUGCAGGCCUUCCUCAAGGUGGCAUCGGCCCAUCCCGAGGCCACGGUGCGCAACGACAUCAUGAAGACUUGGGUGAAGCAGCGAUACCACAUCGUCUUCGACAAUCCGGCGGCCCGCGUCGAGGAACAGCCCGUGCUCCCCGACUACGACAUGCGCUCGGACGAGCUCGCGUUCCAGGUGUCAGAAAUCAUCGGCCGCGAGGAAGAGAAGCAGGCGCUGAUCGAGCAGAUCUCUGGCGGAAACGCCGAGCUGAGAGGGCUGAGACUGGUGUCCGUGUGGGGGAUGGGCGGCAUGGGUAAGUCCUCGUUGGUGCGCAUGGUGCACAACGACGCGGCCCUCCUCGACGAGUUCGACUGUGGCGCGUGGGUCACCGUGCCGCACCCGCUCGACAACCCCGACGUGUUCGCGCAGCGGCAGAAGAGGGAGCUCGGCGUAGCGGAGCUGGGGGAGUACCUCCGGGUGAAACGGUACCGGGUCAUAGUAGACGACCUACUUAGCCAGGAGUGGGAGAGCACGUAUGGAAGGUUUUUCAAACCGGCAACAAGGAGGGAAGCCUUAUCAUCGUGA